GAACAGUCGCAAUCCAACGCAGCAGACGACGUGGUAUUCCCGGUGUGAGGAAGGAAUAUUUAAAAAGUUACAUCUGUUCGUCGGCUUGUCAUGAUCAAGACAGAAAGUCUUACAAUGUUUUUGAGCUCGACCCAUGUAUAGGAGGAAAGUAUGGAUCACUUAAUUAUCUUAAUCGGUAUGGUACAUUUAUUGUACUGUCCAUUCACAAAAGUGGAAGAAAGUUUCAAUCUGCAGGCUAUGCACGACAUCUUAUACCAUGGUUUUAACCUGACCGAGUAUGAUCACCAUGAAUUUCCUGGAGUCGUGCCACGAUCAUUCGUGGGACCAAUUAUAAUAUCAGGCUUGGCAUCGCCGCUAAUAGCAACCAUUAAUUAUUUGCGACUUAAUAAAUUCUUAGCUCAAUAUGUUGUAAGAGCAAUAUUGGGUUUGUUGGUAAUAAGUAUGUUAAAGCUAUACAGAGAUGCUUUACAAAACAUUUUUGGGUUGCAAUUUACAAAAUGGUUUGUUGCAAUUACUGUAACACAAUAUCACUUCGUGUAUUACUUGAGUCGUCCAUUACCAAAUAUAAUGGCUAUGCCACUAGUACUACUGGCUUUGUUUGGGUGGUUGAGACAAAAUCACAUCAUAUUUAUUUGGUCAUCUGCAGCAGCAAUAAUAAUAUUCAGAGCAGAACUUGCUAUGCUACUGGGAUUAUUUCUUUUGUACGAUAUAGCCAACACGAAACUGACCAUACCAAGACUACUUAAAAUUGCGGUUCCAGCUGGUAUAUUUUUUCUAACACUAACGGUUGCAAUAGACUCCAUAUUUUGGAAACGUUUAGUAUGGCCUGAAGGAGAAGUAUUUUAUUUCAAUGCUGUUCUUAAUAAAAGCAGUAAUUGGGGUACAUCACCGUUUUUGUGGUACUUUUAUUCAGCGCUUCCACGUGGAUUGGCAUUUUCAUAUUUUUUAAUACCCUUGGGUAUGCUCUGGGAUGCUCGAGUUCGAACGUUAACAGUUCCUGGUAUCGCAUUUGUUAUCUUAUUCUCAUUUCUACCACAUAAAGAAUUGAGGUUUAUCAUAUAUGUUUUUCCAUUACUGAAUGUUAGUGCAGCAGUUGUUUGUCAUAGAAUAUGGGAGAACAGAGCAAAAAGUUCAUGGAAUGGAUUUAUGGCACUGAUCAUUUUAAGUCAUCUAGUUUUAAAUGCUCUGUUUUCUAUGUUUCUUUUAUGUGUUGCUGGUUCUAACUAUCCUGGUGGUUUAGCUAUUGCCAAAUUACACAGACUUGAGAAAGACUCUACUGAUCCAGUGCACGUGCACAUUGAUGUUCUGACCGCACAGACGGGAGUUUCCAGAUUCGCACAAACAAAUGAUUCUUGGAUUUAUUCAAAACAAGAGAAUUUAACCAUUGAUAAUCCUGAAAUGCUUAAAUUCACGCAUCUAUUAAUGGAAGCUAAAAGUAAAUACUCACCGAAUAUAAAACCCUAUCUUAAAACUCAUGAUAUAUUGGAUUCUGUAGAUGGUUUCUCUCACAUAGCAUUAAACUAUAAUAUGUUACCUCCAAUAAGAAUAAAAACUAGACCUAUUAUAUUUAUUAUGAAAAGAAAACCUAAUAUAAAAUAUGAUCCAAGGAAAGCAGGAACACAAGCACACAUGAAACGGUCAGUUCAAAGUGAGAUACAUAAAAGUACAGAUGGUGAAGAUGUAAUAAAUGAUACUGUAAAAAAUAUGGAGCCAAUAUUAGGUGAAAUUAUGGAGUCAUUAGAGGAAUUUGAGAAACCAUUAAAUAUUAGUAAUAAAAACAUAUUGGAUUUAGAAGUACACGAAGCAAUCAAAAUUAGCAUACAAAAUAAUUCUGAGGAACACAUUGAAUCACUAAACGACGAUAUCGAACAAAUAUCCCGUAAUCUAUCUGAAAACAAUUUAUCGCAUUUAGAAGCAUCGGUUGACAAGGUAAAGGUACCAAAUGUAUCUGAGAUAGAAAGCAUCGUUAAAGCUGAAACAAAUAUUAAACUGCAGCCAAAUAUUGAAGAUAUUUCGUCCAAUGACGAGAAAAGAUUAGAUGUAAAGAGCGAAGGAACUGAAAAAAUAGAAAUAAAUAAAGAGAAAUUAAAAAUUAUUAAUAAUCAGCAAGAAAGCAGCACUAUUAAAGAAACUGUUAAAAAGCUGAUUCAAGAAAAAAUGGAGGCAGUUAAACUAAAAAAAGACUCAAUAGAUGAAAGAAAAUUGUCAGAAGUUCCAGAUAAAAGUAAUAUAGAGAUAAAAAAAGCUUCGAUAAAAGUAUUGCAACAGAAGAUGAAAACUGCAACAAAACAAGAAUUAAAAGAAAAACCUACAACUCUGCAAGAAACAAUUAAAGAGCAUCGAGCUAUUAAAGUGAGAGAAAACAUUAGAAAUAUAAUUAAUCAAUUUAGAGAAUUUGAAAAAGACUUUGUACACGAAGAUUCAGAAAUAAUUAAGAAGGAAACUGACUAUAGUGAACAAGUUACAGGAGUAAGUACAAAAAUGUCUGAAGAUGCAGCAAAUGUAGUAGAUAUUAUGACGAAAAGUGAAGAUUUAAAAACAAUCAAAGAUGCCAAAGAAAGUUUGAAAGAUAUAAUAAAUCAGUUUAAACAAAUUAAAAAUGAAUUAGUUUCCGAAGAAGAUGAUCAAUUUGAUAAAAUCGAAGCCACGUAUAUGGAGAAACCAAUUUCGGAAACAUUAAUGCAAUUUAGUGAAGCUUUGAAAAAUUUAAUACAACGUAGAAGAAAGAACAAAGCGUACAUUACAAAUAGUUUAGAUAAUAAAAAGAACUUAGACAUUCAAAAUUACGAUAAAAUUGGAAAGAUAAAUAAUGUUGAAAAAUUAGGAAAAAUGAACGAAGAUAGUAAUAUAAAAAAUAAUUUAAAUUCAGGUACAAAUAAAGUUAUUCAAGAAAAAUAUUUUACAACGUAUACAAAUAAUAAAAAUGUCCCUUCAAAUGCUCAAAAAUCUGCCGAUAAUGUGUCAAAUAACAUAGAAAAAAAUUAUGCUUCCAAGGAAAGUGAUGAUGAGAUAAUACAAAAGAAUGUUGAAAAUAAUACAAAUAAUUAAAUGGUAGAAAUAAUUGACUGUUUUAUGCUUUUUAAUGACACAGUUCUGUAAUUAUAGUCACAUGUAAAUACGUUAUUCUGUGAUAACGAAUAUAUUAUAUUUCUUAAUUGAUGCUCGUGCAUUACCACCGCGGAAAAAACGAGACUAACUUAUCCUGUUUUAUUACUUAAAAUAACAAAGAAUACCGAAACAAAAUGGGAAAGCAUUUGUAUAAUGAAUAGUAUCACAAACGUGCCACAAAUAUAACUAUAUAUGUAUGCUGUUAUAUAAUAUUAAUUUAUAUAACAAUUAUUUCACGUAUUACAAAACUAUAAUAAUAAUUUUGUAUAUAUUUAGAUCAUGAAAUAUUUAUCUAUAUAUUGUUUGAUAUAAAAGUAAUAUUUGACAAUGCAUGUUUAAAAAAAGUCUAUACAAUUUUAUUAUUCACCCUUGACUGUUACAGACUUGAUAAGUUACUGUUCGAUAAUGGUCUUAUUAUUUCCUAUUUACGUCCUUGCAUUUAGAUUCUGCUUUUCUAUACUUUUUUUUUUUGUUUAGUUUUUAGUGACAUCUAAAAUGUCCUAUAUUACUCAAGAUUAAUCAGUCAUUUAUACUUUCUAUCAGAAAAAGAAAAUCCAUUCAAUUUCCAUAUUGGUAUUUGCAGAGCAUUCAAGUGCCUUAAAAUCUCUUCCAAAUUUUCAUGUACUAUAAGACGUCCGUUCAAAAAAUAUGUGUAUGUAACGUACUAUGUAAUAAUAUUUUACAAUAAGUAAAGGUAUUUAAUACAAAAGUACUGUAAUUUAAUUCCUGUAUUAUUGCUUAAUCAAUCAACAAUCAAAAGCGUCAAUUAUCGAUAACAAAUUUGGCGAAAGAAUAUUAUACGAUUUUUCAA